AUGAUUGGGUUAUUCAAAGUUAAAGAAAAGCAAAAAGAAGAAGCUAAAAAUACAAACACAAGAGGAGGAGGAGGAGCUCUUGUUAAGAAACAAUCUGCUGGUGAACUUCGUCUUCACAAAGAUAUAACAGAGCUGAAUCUGCCAAAGUCUUGUAAGAUAUCUUUUCCGAAUGGAAAGAAUGACUUGAUGAACUUUGAAGUAACCAUUAAACCCGACGAAGGAUAUUACAAAAGUGGUAAAUUUGUUUUCACAUUCCAAGUCUCUGCUGUGUAUCCACAUGAAGCUCCAAAAGUCAAAUGCAAGACCAAGGUGUAUCAUCCGAAUAUUGAUUUAGAAGGAAAUGUUUGUCUGAACAUCUUGCGUGAAGACUGGAAACCGGUUCUCAACAUAAACACUGUCAUCUACGGUCUCUUCCAUCUCUUCACGGAACCCAAUCAUGAGGAUCCUCUGAACCACGACGCAGCAGCGGUUUUAAGAGAUAACCCGAAGCUGUUUGAGACAAAUGUCAAGAGGGCUAUGGGUGGUGGCUAUGUUGGGGAAAUCGCAUUCCCUCGUUGCAUGUAG